CUUAUCAAUCAGACGUUUGUGCUUUGCUUGCUUAUCAGUACAAGCUUAUAGUACCUGCCAAGUCAAGGCCGCAAUUUCGUAAGAUAUUGUUAGGAUUUCAUGAAUUUUAAUGGCAUUGAAGAAAACAUAGCCUUAUAAAACUUUGGUCAUUAAAAACACCAAGUGGAAUCAUUUAGGCCAUGCUAAAUAAGGAAAAGUUAUGCGCGUCAUUAAAUGUUACUGCUUUCUAACAUAAACUGAGUAGAUAACCUAAUCUGUAAAGUGUAAACAAGGUUGAAGAAGUUACAAUGCCCGACAUCAAGAUUACACCUCUGGGAGCAGGCCAAGAUGUAGGUCGAAGCUGUAUUUUACUUUCCAUGGGAGGUAAAAAUAUCAUGUUAGAUUGUGGCAUGCACAUGGGAUACAACGAUGAGCGGCGGUUCCCGGACUUCUCAUACAUAGUGCCGGAGGGCCCCAUCACCAGCCAGAUCGACUGCGUCAUCAUCUCUCACUUCCACCUGGACCAUUGCGGAGCACUGCCAUACAUGUCGGAAAUGGUUGGAUACACCGGACCCAUCUACAUGACGCAUCCAACUAAAGCCAUAGCGCCUAUUUUGCUUGAAGAUAUGAGAAAAGUUGCGGUCGAAAGAAAGGGAGAAGCAAACUUCUUCACAUCUCAAAUGAUUAAAGAUUGUAUCAAGAAAGUAACAGCUGUGACAUUGCAUCAGUCUGUCAUGGUUGAUAAUGAGUUAGAAAUCAAAGCCUACUAUGCUGGACAUGUAUUGGGAGCUGCUAUGUUCUGGAUCCGAGUGGGCUCUCAGUCUGUGGUUUACACCGGGGACUACAACAUGACUCCAGAUAGACAUCUUGGUGCGGCUUGGAUAGACAAAUGUCGACCAGACUUGUUGAUUACGGAGUCAACAUACGCCACUACCAUUAGAGAUUCAAAACGUUGCCGUGAAAGAGAUUUCCUGAAGAAAGUACAUGAGUGUGUUGAGAAAGGAGGAAAAGUACUGAUCCCAGUGUUUGCACUGGGGAGAGCACAGGAAUUGUGCAUCUUGUUAGAAACAUACUGGGAGAGAAUGAAUUUGAAAUACCCAGUUUAUUUUGCACUUGGCUUGACUGAAAAAGCUAAUAAUUAUUACAAGAUGUUCAUAACAUGGACCAAUCAAAAGAUAAGGAAAACUUUUGUUCAAAGAAACAUGUUUGACUUUAAACAUAUAAAACCUUUUGAUAAAUCCUACAUAGACAACCCAGGAGCAAUGGUGGUCUUCGCCACCCCCGGCAUGUUGCAUGCUGGGUUGUCUUUGAAUAUUUUCAAAAAGUGGGCACCCUAUGAGCAGAAUAUGGUGAUAAUGCCAGGGUUCUGUGUCCAAGGCACAGUCGGUCACAAGAUUCUGAAUGGAGCCAAGAAAGUUGAAUUUGAAAACAGGCAAGUUGUGGAAGUUAAAAUGGCUGUGGAAUACAUGUCUUUUUCUGCUCAUGCUGAUGCUAAAGGCAUCAUGCAGCUGAUUCAAUAUUGUGAGCCCAAGAAUGUGCUGCUGGUGCAUGGGGAGGCUCAAAAAAUGGAGUUCCUCAAAGAUAAAAUUGAGAAGGAAUUUAAGAUUGAUUGUUUUAUGCCAGCAAAUGGUGAAACUUGUGUCAUUAACACUCCAACAAAAAUUCCUGUUGAUGUUUCUCUAAGACUGCUGAAAGCAGAAGCUGUCAAAUACAAUGCUCUGCCCCCUGAUCCCAAGCGGCGGCGGGUCGUGAAUGGUAUUCUCUGUGUGAAAGACAACCGACUUUCUUUGCUGGAUAUUGAUGAAGUUUGUGAUGAGAUUGGUAUCAACAGGCAUAUUAUACGCUUCACAAGCACUGUGAGGUUCGAGGACCCGGGCCCUGCUGUCAAGACAGCAGAGAAGUUAAAAGCACUUCUUGAGGGGAAGCUGGAUGGCUGGACCAUCACCAUAUCUGAGGGAAACAUAUCUGUAGAGUCUGUGUUGAUUAAAAUUGAAGGAGAUGAGAGUACUAAAAGCAUUUAUGUGUCCUGGACCAAUCAAGAUGAAGAUUUAGGCAGCUACAUUCUUGGACUACUUCAAUCUAUGGUUCAAGAAUCAUAGAAACCAUUAAAAAUCCAAAUUGAAUUUAUAAUUCUAAGUUUAUUUUUUUAAAAUAAAUAAUUUUUGAUAAAUAUUAAUGGAAAUUAAA